ACGUUAGCGUUAUUUACUACUCCGCAUUAUCUACCCUCCAUCUCUCUUUCAUAGGGAGAAUAAAGCGAGCGAGUGAGUGAUUCUGAAGCAUUACGAAAAAGAGAUUCACGUUAUUACGAAUUUGACCGGCGAAUCGUAGAAAAAAUGGAUCGUGAGUGACGAAGAGAAGAUAUGCGACUAGUCACGCAUUAUGUUCGGCGAAGAUAUUAUUGAAAAAGCUUAGGUUUGUUGUAGGAUCGUUAUCGGAUAAGAUAUCCUUUUGAAUCGACGAUAUCAUAAACGGCAGAUCAGGGACGAACGAUUCAAAAAAGGAACGUUUUAUCUAUCGUGACGAGUGAGUCAUGUCUACGAGAUCGAAGGAGAAAGUAGUUGCUGCCUUUCGGAAAUUAUUCCGAUCGUCGGAAAAGCUUGCUGAACAGGAAGGUGCAAGUGAUGGCUCGACAAAUUCACCUUCGAGACGGUUACUCGGUCGUCAUCAUCAUCGGCCUGAUGCGGUCACGCCGUCUGAUAGUUCCAUGUCUGAAAAUCCAGGCACCAGUCAUACCGCACAUGGUAGUUGCUUCUUCAAAACAAAGAAGUCUUCCAGUACUUCCUCUCAGGGUAACAUGGGCAUCCCAGAGAAAGGAGUUAGAUUACGUCGUUUGAUGAAAGAACUCAGUGAGAUCCAAAGAACUCAACAUCGCCGAGAUGCAACCUUUACCGCAGAACUCGUCAAUGAUAAUCUAUUUGAGUGGCACGUGAGACUUCACAAAAUCGAUCCAGAAAGCGAGCUAGCUGCCGAUAUGCGGGAACUCGAGAUACCCUACAUACUUCUUCACGUAGUCUUUCCAGAAAACUUUCCUUUCGCGCCUCCAUUCGUGAGGGUAAUCUCGCCGAAAAUUGAGAAAGGAUUUGUUAUGGAAGGUGGGGCUAUAUGUAUGGAACUUUUAACACCUAGAGGAUGGGCCAGUGCAUACACGAUCGAAGCUGUUAUCACACAGUUUGCUGCUAGUAUCGUUAAGGGACAGGGACGCGUUGCAAGAAAACCAAAGACCAAUAAAGAAUUCAAUCGGCGAUCUGCCGAAGAAUCUUUUCGAAAUCUCGUUAAAACUCACGAGAAAUAUGGUUGGGUUACGCCUCCACUUGCAGAAGGCUGAUCUUAAUGACCUCGAUCGGGUAAUAUCAUCUUAAUUAUUUUGUCGAUAUUCUUUGCAACGUUCUUACGUUGAAUUUAUUUUAUUUAUCAAAUUAUUCUAUUCAGAUCGUAGUUGUAUGAUUGUCGAGCUUCCGAAGGUAUCGUGUAAGAAACGUUUAUCGAAUGAUGUAAGAGAUUGAAGAAGUUUAGAGAAGAUCGAUUUUUUUUGUUUAUAUUUUUUUUCUUUUUUUCAAUCGAUGCAUUCAAAAUAAUAGAAAAAAAAUGUGAUGUACCAUGAUCUACAAUCUUCUUGGUAGAGUUUCGUUAUAAGCGUGCAUCUUGUGUAAAUAAUUUCAUGAGAGAUUAUCGUGUACAUUAUAUUCGUGCUGGAUCAUGAUUUGAAAAUCUAGCACUUUUGAUCAUGGUGUUUUUCCCACGAAAAACACUUAUGCACAUUUAUCAGAUAAUAUAUAUUUUCCCACACGAACUUAGAGCAAGCGUACGAUGUUCUUCGUAAAAGUCAAAUUAAAACUACCGUUUUUACAUUUCGAUUUCUCUAUUUAUGUGCUAGUCAUAGAGAAUGAUCGUACAAAUAUAUUUAAAAGCAGAAAAAAUAUAUAUAUAUCUAUACAAAAAAGAAAUAUUAGAAUAUUUACGUAUAAUGUGUUAUUCGUUGAUGCAUCUUUAAAGUAAAAUAAUAUUUUUUUUUUAUAUAUAUGUCGUUAGAGAGAAAGAAAGAGAAAAAAGAGUUUCCAAUUAAUUUUUUCCAUGAUCUCAAUUUUGACAAUCCAUAUUUUAAAUAACUGUUUAUUGAAUUUUUUCUUCUUCGAUUUUUUCCAAUAUUAAAAAUGUUAUAGAGAAUAAUAUAUAUAUAUAUGUGCGUGUGUGUGUAUAUGUACAUAUAUAUAUGCAUAUGAUAAUGUGUAUUUGUAGGUUUUGUUGUUGAAACUGCACAGAUUUUAGAAAAUUCUGUUAUAUACAUAUAUAUAUAUCUUUGAAGUAAUUUUUUCAAGUUCGGUAAAUAUAAAUAGAAAAUAUAGAAUUUUUCUAGGAUACAUCAUAUUGAUACCAAUUUUUCAAGUAAACAUUUGGCUAAUCAUGGAACGAUUAUAUAUAUAUACUGUAUACGUGCCAAAUAAGAACUUUCAUAUAAAAAAUUUGAAAAGUUCAACAUUUUUGGAAAUGUACAAUUACCAUGUGCAAUUUGUUAUAUUAAUAUUAUA